GUCAUUAAAUAUUCUAUGCUUUCUGUUUUAGAAUUACUUUGACGUGUUCAAAAUAACUCUUUUCUCGAAUACAGAGAUGUCUUCCCUUGUGAAGCAACUUCUCAAACUGCUGUCUGCAAUCUGGCUGUUCUCCAAUACCGUUGCUGGAGUAGGGAGGUUCACAAAUCCCCCAGGUCCAGACGGUGCGUUGACAUUGCACAUCGGACAACAGUACACGAUAGAAUGGGAAUAUGCUGAGAACACCUAUCCCGAAUUAUCCCUCGGACUUAUAGCGGAAGCAAACGGCAACGUAUUUUGGCUUCUCUCAAAUGAGAUGAACUAUACGUCUCAGAAUUAUGUAUGGAAUCCGAUCACACUUGGCAAUCGCAUCACUCUUGCCCAAGGCCAUACUUUCAACUUCCUCCUUGUGAACGGCACAAAGUUUGGCGAGCAAGUCCUCAGCCCAGAAUUCGCUAUCACCAAUACAAACACCUCCUCCACAUCGGGCGCAGCUACAGCUACUCCAACAACACUGAGCACACCAACCAGCUCCUCCUCGCCAUCUUCUUCGUCGUCAGGUCUUUCAACAGGAGCAAAAGCUGGCAUUGGAGUUGGUGUAGCAGUUGCAGUCAUUCUCGCCCUCACUGCACUCUUCUUCGCUUUGCGAUAUCGCAGACGCGCGAAGCAGAAUGAGCGCAUGAACAAACGGAGAACAAGUAUGUGGAUAGUAGUGUGA